UUAGCGAAGAACUUCGUCGAAAAUCCUCACAGGCGGCUAUUGCGGCGAGGGCUGGCCGCUGUCUGCAGGAACCUUCAUCUCGCCAUUGGACUACGGCCUCCCACUCCGUCAUCGGCAGCAGGCAUUCUGGCUACCCCACGUGCAUUCUUAAGAGGUGUACCCCUCGUCCGCCGAAUGUCUCCUCCAAAAGAAAGAUUAUCUCAACUGUCGAGACAUUUCAGUUAUUCAACUUCUCACGACGUUCCCUUGAACACUCCUUAUUCCAUUGAGCGAGGCCAAAGCAAGCCAUUGGACGACCUCAUACCAUCCCGACCCUUCAAGCAACCCGAGCAAAGAAGAGAUCUUUCUCAGUCUGUAAUCAGUUUACAAGAAGAGGGUAAAAGAGCAAAACCUGCUGCUGCCAAAAUGUCGAGCCAGGCGCCUCACCCAGCACUCUUGAUUCCAGGGCCCAUCGAGUUUGACGAUGCUGUCCUGCAAUCAAUGAGCCAUUACUCCGAAUCUCAUGUUGGCCAACCGUUUGUGAACACCUUCGGCGAGACUCUGUCCAUGCUGCGGAAGCUGUUCCAGACCGAGAACCCAGCUAGCCAGCCUUUCAUCAUCUCCGGCUCAGGAACACUAGGAUGGGACCAAGUCGCGGCGAAUUUGACUGAGCCUGGUGAGGAGGCACUCGUUCUGCACACUGGCUACUUUGCAGAUAGCUUUGCAGACUGUUUUGAGACGUACGGCGUGAAGGCAACCCAGCUCAAAGCUCCCAUUGGUGAGCGACCACAACUAGACGAGAUCGAGAAGGCAUUGAAAGAGAAGAAGUACAAGGUCAUCACAGUGACACACACCGACACCUCUACAGGUGUGCUAUCAGAGAUCGAGCCUCUGUCCAAGCUCGUCCGGAAGGUCUCUCCAGAGACUUUGCUCAUCGUCGACGGAGUCUGCUCAGUGGGAGGCGAGGAGAUUCGAUUCGACGAUUGGGAUAUCGAUGUCGUCCUUACCGCCUCGCAGAAGGCCAUUGGCUGCCCAGCAGGCCUCUCAAUCAUCAUGGCUUCCGGCCGCGCCAUGGAAGCCUUCAAGAGCAGAAAGACUCGUCCAAACUCCUACUUCGCAUCGUGGCAAAACUGGUUACCAAUCAUGCAAAACUACGAAUCCAGAAAGCCAUCCUACUUCGCCACGCCAUCACCACAGCUUAUCCACGCCCUCCACACCGCCCUUACUCAGAUCCUUUCUAAGCCGCUCAGCGAAAGAUUCGCACGGCACAAAGAAGUUUCAGACAAGGUCAAGAAGGCAGUAGCAGACCUCGGCCUCAAACAACUCGCCUCGAAGCGUGAAAACCAAGCCAACUGCAUGACAGCCAUCUAUCUACCAAAUGACCUCAAGCCACCGGAGAUUCUACCAAAUCUCAUGAAGAAAGGCGUGAUUUUUGCUGGAGGCCUUCAUAAGGAGAUCGCAACCAAGUACAUUCGAUUCGGACACAUGGGCGUGAGCGUUACGGAUAACAAGAAAGAUGACAUUGACCGUGCGAUUCAGGCUUUGAAGGAUGGACUUGCUGAGGUCGGAUAUAAGGCUCCGUCGUAGAGUGCUGGGCUUGUGAGGAAAGAUAUUUAGUCCGUUGUAGAUAUAUAUAUCCCUUUUGAGAAUUCAAGUGCUAUGUUGAAUAUGCUGGGGGAUCUACGUUGUACUUGUAGCAGUGCGGGAGAGUAUCUACUCGUAAUCUCUGCUGUGUUUGUCCCGAG